GGAGUUGAGCGUUUCAAAAUUAGCCAAAGGCUUAGAAAGACAACAUUAUUAUUCAAAAAGAACAAAGUGAAGCUUGGGGAUGAAAAUAACAGGUCGAUCAAGAAAUGAGGAGCAACAUACAGACUUUUGCGGACUCUGCGGUUCACAACAAGUUGCCCAGGCUACUGAGACCUGUGGAGGAGAUAGGUCUUCAUGGGUUCUCUGCAUCACAGAGUCUGUCCAGGUAUUCAAAUGAGGAAUCAGAAAAAUAUUUGUCAUUAUGCUUCGGCGGGAAAGAGGGCAAAGACAUUUCACCCCACUGGAAUCCAUCAAAGACAUACUUGCAAAUCAAUAAGAACCCAGUACUUAACACCUCAAUUACGAAUAGGCCAUUACCAAGUCAGAUUUCUUAUAGACCAGAACACACAGCCGUUCCCAUAGAAGAAAGUCCUUACUUGGAGCCAAAAGACUUUACACCCAAACAAAAACUGACAUUUUCAAACCAACUUCUAGAGAUGCGCAGACCAAGCAUUCUAGGGGAUCACAUGUCUGUUCCUUUAAGUAAGCUUGGUAUAGGAAAUACAAAUGUUUCUCAGAAAACUGACUCUGUUAACCUAGCCAUUCCUAAACCUGUUUAUGGGCACAAAUCCUGCUGUUUGGAGAAUCAGUGUCCUUCAGGACCAUCAUACAGAAUUCAUCACAGAGGUUCAAGGAUCCAUCCUACCACGUUUGAUCAGGAGUUGAUGUCAGAAUAUAGUCCCAUAUCACUUCUGCAGAGAAAGGAAUGUGAAGCAUUGAUGCAGCGACAGAUGCUGGAGCACAAACAAAGGCUUACCUUACAGGAGGCACAACCAGAAGACUACCGUACCAUUGAACACUCCGGUCCCAUCAAAAUGCCUGCUUUUCUAGAACCAAACUACCGCAGUUUUCCUCAUGUAGAUUCUUCAUGCUCACUGCUAAGCCCCUCUGUAGGUCAAUAUCACCAUUUACAGUUUCCUUCUAAAGUAUACCACACUCUUCCAGUGUCAUCUUCUGGCAGUUAUGAGGAGAUGCAGCAGAUGACUCUCUCACACUCAGACAAACUCUACACAGACCACAUUCCUGAUGGCCCUAAGCACACACAGAGACCCUUACACCCUGCAUUUUAUUAUGUACAGGAGAGUUUGAAUGUUCCAAAUGGUGCAGUAUAUGCAGAUAUUAGAGGGAAUCACAGGCAUACAGUUUCAAGCCCUGUAAACAAACAGAGUGCUGCAGACCAAUACCUUGUGCCUCAUCCUGCUUCUGAUGAAACUUCAUCUUCUUGUUCUAUUUCUCCAUCAAGUCAUUCAUGUCUUAAUAGCUAUGAAGUCUCUGCUUACCAGUUACACAAGAUGCACCUAAAUUCAGGCCAAAAGAGGACAUUUUCAGAUGGACCUGGUUUUACUCUAUCUAUACCACAUGCUGAACAAGUGGAGGAUUACUCUGAGAAGAAAUCACGCGUGUUGCCAUCUUCAGUAGGACUUUGUAGUCAGGGUUUUGGGUCUGGUGCAUUUCAUCGUGUGCAGCCACGUUUUGAUCAUGAAAAUUUUUGCCAUGACUCCAAACCACAGUGCAAUCUACGUGAAAGUCCAAAAAUGGAUGACAGAUUGACAAGUCCAAAUGGAUCAGUUAAUCACAGCAUCACUAACCGCUGUCAAAGGGAAACUGGAGGAACUGAUGUACAGUCAAGUCACUCAGACCCUUGUUCUUCAUUGUUUACAGCAGAAAAUGUCACAACUUUAAAUAACACAAACAAAGUUAUCAUUAAUCAAUCUUCUAAUUUAAAACAAAUUGCCAGUGAAAAUGUACAAAAUAGACUUGAGAAUCCAAAAAAUGAGGAGCUUUAUGACAAAUGGGUGGAGGGACCAGAUCUUCCUCCUUCUCCUCCCAUGCCAGUUAUCCACAGUGUGUUUAGCUUGGCUCCUUAUAAAGCCUAUCUGGAAGCAACAGGAAUGCUACCGGCGCAAAAUAUGCUUGGGGGUGGUAAUUCGGAAUCAGUUACAAAGAAAAUAAACCCUGGAAGACAAAACUUUGACAAUGACUCACAGCAAGAAUUACAUGAGAUUGAACACAGAUUGAAGCCUGUAAUUGUUUCACAGUCUUCUUGUGAGAAUGUCUCAAUCAAGAUGGAAUUUCAAAAAAUAAAAACGGAGGAAAAUGCAGAUGAGGUCACAAACUGUUCAUUUGAAAUUAAUGAGAAUGAAUGUAAAGAGGUGCCUAAAAAAGAAGAUUUUCUGACUGCUUUAUCUGCCUGUGUUCUUGACCUAAGCGUGAGAAAGUCUGAGUCAGAUGAUUCUACUUGUAAGCUCCAGAAACUGGCGCAUUGCUCAGCAGAGUACAGGACUCACUCCUCCAAGGUGCAUGGAGCCAUGGAUACCCCUGAGCUCAGCUGUAGCAAUAAUAGCUUACUGCUUCUGCAUCCUGGCCCACAACAGUCAAUACCAUCGCCUAGACCUUUAAACACACAGUUUUGGCUACAGCAUGUCCCUCACCAACAACCUAAACUCUCUGCUUUCAAAACUUUUCUACCAGACAUGCUGAAGUCUCCCUCAGAUAACACCACUAAAGAUCCUUUUCACUCUUGGGGGCCCAACCCUCAACCGAAGCUGUUGGUGGAAACCACCACCAAUAUGAAAACCUCCAGAUGCGCUCAACAUCAUUUCAUGGAGCUUCAUCAAUCGCUCUGCAGACUCAUCUUAGACUCUGUCUCCUGUACCCCAGAACAGGAGCUGAGAGCCUGGUUGGACAAGACAGGCCUUGGUUUAUGUGCUUCCUCUCAGGAUAAAUCCCAGAGUAUCUCCAGUCUUCUGAGAGCAGCAGUCAAAGACUCAUGGCUUAGAUGUAAUGAUACUGUUGCAGCAUUCCAGCAAAUCAUUAGCCAGUUAAAGGACUUUGUUUCUAGCAAUAAAUGCCCUUUUCCUCACGUUGUUCGGGCAGGAAUGGUCUUCGUCCCUAUGCUAGUUGUGAAGGAGAGCCUCUUCCCACAGGUGCCAGGCACAUCCAUUGAUCAGCUCCUCCAAGAACUCAAGGUGGAGUUGCGACCCACAACACUCUCUGAAGAGCGGCACUUUGCAAAACUUCAGGGACAUGCCUGUUCCUCAAAGCUCCGAAGGCUUCUAUCCCUGAAGCACCUUCCAGAUGUUUAUCCAGAUGUGCUGAACCUCUUUUACCAUGUCUGUGCCAGCAAGCGCUUAGGAGCAGAACUUAGUACUACUGUGAAGAAGGAACAGCAAGUUCAUCUAAAAGACAGCGAUUACAGUGCAAAAUGUUCCCAGAGCAGUUUCUCUGUGCAAGAUUCCCCUAAGAAUAAGGUGUGCUUUAAGAAGCAGAGGAGACAAGGCAGAAGGAAGAAUGUGUCAAAAAGACUGUUUUCUGAGGAACACUUACAACACGAGGGUUAUGUUAAUAACUGGAGUAUUGUAAAAUCCCUUAGUAAAGAGGAAGAAAGUUCUCAAGGUACUUGCAGAGAAGACCUGGAGAAUGUUAAGGUGAAGAUGGAGCAGGAUUCAUCUCACCUGGAGCAGGAUGGAAUGGGAGUACCUGACAGUGCAUGGGCUCCUGUGAUGUCUGAUGACUUCUCAACAGGCAGUGACACUGAGACAGAACGAACAUAUGCAGUUUCAUGCCAAAGCCACUGUUCUACCUCCACAACGCUGCCAAAUUCCCAGACACACUCAGGUAUGAUCCUGAAGUUAAGAAAGGUCCUGUUCAACAAGGGUCCAGUUGGGUCUGAGUCCAUUCAUCCGCGUACCUGCAAAUCAGGGAGCUGCGGCCCACCUGUGUACACAGAAAACAGAAAAGCUGCAGGGGGAAGAAAUUACAGAGAAAUAACAUGGAAAAUACAUGGACAAGUGGCCAAACGUGUGAAAGGGGGCUCUUCUCAAGGCCUGCGAUCUACGCGCAGUUCAUCUAAGGCUGUUCGGCUCUGCCGUUCCACAAAGACCCUGGAUCUGCGCAAGUCUACAAAGGCACUGCAUCUGCAUAGAUCCAUGGUUCACAUCAAAUACUGCUCCUACCUGUCAGCCAACCACAGCAAACAGCGUAGGAGAUGGGUUCUGCGCUCAGCAGUACGCACGGCAAGGCAGGCCAUGAAGGAACGCUACCCCGAACUAGUCGGAAAGAGAAUUUGCCACCUAUAUGAAGAGAAAGAUAAAUCAGAAGUGUGGUACAAGGGAGUGGUGGUGCGUGUACAUGAGCCCCACCCCAACCCCUUGAAGACCGUUUUUGAGGUGAAGUAUGACAGCGAACCUGAGUGGCAGUACUACCUAGAGCUGCUAAUGGAUUACAAGAAAGGUUGGCUUAAGGUGGAGGAUUGA